AUGACUUUAACUGGAGAAUCCACCACAUGGCCAAUCACUAACACUAUUAAACCAGCAAGAUAUUUAAUGGUUGAUUUCAAGAACUUACCAGAUUCUCAAACGAAUAACAAUAAUGUCUUUAGAGUGGCAAUGAACCAAACUCAAAAUCCUUUAAUCCAUAAAGUUCAAGUAAGAUUAAACAACGAUAAUUAUCCUAACCAACCUUUAACAAGUAAUCCAACCACAAAGGAUUAUAAUGAAUUGUAUAGAAACUAUAAAAAUAUGUGUGAAUUAUUUGGAAAUCUACCUCAGUUUGAAUAUGUAGAUUUUGCAAUUAAUCAUCCAAUCUUCUGUUUUGAUCUAUCAGCUCACCAAGAAGAUCUUUUCAAAACAGGAGUGAACAUAAAUAUUCAUAUUGAAAAAACACAAGGAGAUGUAACAGCGGCGGGUGCAGCUACUGGGGGAAUAUCUGCCGCAGUCAAAGCUGCCAACGCAAAGAAAGCAGCUGAUGCUAAAGCCGCUGAAGAACGCAAACAUAAUUUAAUAAUGGAAAAAGAAGGCAAAGGUUCAGGAAUGGUUGAAAUCAUAGGCACAAUAAAAGAAUUUGGAAAAAGAUUUGGGGAAGAAUCCAUGUAA